GGGUUUAGUUCUCCGGCAUGGCGGUGGUACACUGGCCAGGUUUCGCUGCCAUGGGUGAGGGUGGGUAGAAUGAUUGCCUGGUAAGCCUUGAGUUUGGUCUCCAAUCGAUAACUCUGAUAAAGACUCAUGCACACACUGAGACGCAUCUCGGGGCGCCUCGGGAGAAGGGGGAAAAAAAAUCCUGAAUAAGCGAGAGGCAGUUGAGACGACCCGAGCCCCACUUUUUUUUGGCAAGAACCGUCUCCCGGAGUUCUGUCCCAUUAAAGCACCGAUCCUGAUUAUCAGCAUCCCGCCUCGUUUUACAGCAUGCAAGUUAAUAGGUUUUACAUUUAAUAUUAUUGAAUGCUUGGCUGUAAGCUGCCGAGCGCGCUGUUCCAUUAUCACCCGUAUAUCUAGUGUGGUGCAGUGUAGCAAUCCGCUAUGAGACACAGCGUGAAUCGACCCAGCCAGGAUGAAGUGGCUGAGCCCCAGCGUCUGGGUGCAGCUGGUCUGGUCUCUCUCUCUCUCUAGCUUCUCUUCUCAAUCCUAACCCGGUCUCUUCUAUCUUCUUUUGAGAGCCUUUGUUCCUGCAGAGUCAAGGCUGUGGUUCGCUGUUUCCUGUUUCUAAGCUGCUUGGCAUUCUGGGAGGAUGUCAGGUGACAACUCCAACAGCAAUGGCUCCCCCUCCAGCUGGACUGUCCUGGGUGCAGAGGGAUGUGCCGUGGAGAGCUUGGGCCCAGGGGAUGAUGAGAUAGCCAGUCCUCCAGCUGCUGAAGCGCUGACAGAGCCCCUUUCAGCUCCAGACCCGAAUACCUCAAGCACUGACCUCCUGAAACUGAGGGAGCGGCAGAUCCUGGAGGGGUCUGAGCAGGACGGAGCUGAGAGCCCGGGGGCCCCCUCGAGCCCCCCAAUCCAAGAGUCCAAUAUCAUCCCCAUCCCCCCGCCCGGCCAAGACCUGCAGCAGGAAGGGGAGGAACUGCGGGAGGAAGGGGAGGGGCCUGGUCUGGCCAGGAAGGUGUCUGACACCGUCAAGCAAGCAGGUGUGCAGCUAGUGGACGGAAUCCGCAGCUGGGGGAGGCGUCUGAUUGGUCGAACAGGAGGUGCUGAGGAUGUCUCUGACUCAGACAGCUCAAGCGGAGAGGAGGAUGGGGGGAGUGUGUUGAGGAGGAGGAGGAGGGGAGUCCAGCGCUUCGACGACGCCCUCGAGAGGGGUCAGGGGGUCUCCCCGGGAAGGGGGGGCCAGGAGGAAGGGGGGCUGUCCGUUAACAAGUGCAUCGUGGGAGCUCUGAUCGUGCUGGUCCUGGGGCUGGCCCUGCUGUCAGGUGUGUUUGUCGACCAGGGCGAGGGGAGCCUCUUUCAUUCAGAGCCGGAGGAGGAGGUUUACAGGAGGGAGGAGAAGGAAGAAUACCUGCCAGGCAGCCAGGAUCAGCUGAACCAAAGUGACCCCCAGGAUCUGCAGACGCUGACCGCUCUUCUGGACACACUGGCCAAAGAAAACCAGGGGAUCCGUCUCAUGCAGGAGCAGCUGCAGACUCAGAAGGAGGAGCUGGAGAGGGCUCUGUCCGAGAUGAACCAGCAGGCGAGCGGAGGAGACGAGGCAUCGAGGCUGCAGGAGCUGGAACAGGAGAACGAGAGGCUGCAGAGGGAGCUGGAGUCUGUGCCCGUCCUCCGGGCGGAGCUAGAGAGGCUGAGAGGGGAGAUGGGGGCCAACGACACCGCCCUGCAAGAACGACACGCUGCCCUGGAGUGGGAGCUCCAAGUGGAGAGGGAGCAGGCGACCGGGCUCCUGAGCCAGAGGGAGAGGCUGGAGUCUGAGGUCUUGAGGCUGAGACAGGAACUGGACAAGCAGCAUCAGCUACUGGGGGGCAUGAGGGCGGAGCUGCAGGGGCUGAUCGGGGCGGGGAACGCGAGCCACGGGGAAGGGGCGGGGUUAGAGGAGAGGCUGGCGGAGCUAGAGAAGAGGCUGGGGGCGGAGCUGCUGGACUGGGAGAGGGCGAUGGGGGAGGAGGAGGAAGGAGGACAAGGGGAGAGGCUGACGAUAAGGGAGGGGGAGGAGGAGAGUCCAAAAGAAGAACCCCAGGGAGCUUUCGAGGUUCCCAGGAAAGAGGGUGACCAGGGGGGGGCGCCGACGAAGCGCAAGAAGGAAUUGGGGCGGCCCUGGCAAGAGAAAGAGAGAGCAGCAGGAGGAGGAGGAGAUGAGAAGUGGGGGACGAGCAGGAAAGAGGGGGGGUGGAGGAAGGAAGUGAGGGGGGAUAGCUGGAAGGAAAAGAGGGAGCAGAGAAGAGGAGGGGAGAGGAAGGAGGAGGGAGAGAUGAGGCAGGAGAGGGAGAGACGGUACUCAGGGCAAAGGGAGAGGGAGCAUAAGCAUAGAGGGGAGAGGGAGGAGGGGGAGAGGGAGCACGAGUAUAGAGGGGAGAGGGAGGAGGAGGGAGAGAUGAGGCAGGAGAGGGAGAGACGGUACUCAGGGCAGAGGGAGAGGGAGGAGGGGGAGAGGGAGGAGGAGGGAGAGAUGAGGCAGGAGAGGGAGAGACGGUACUCAGGGCAGAGGGAGACGGAGCAUAAGCAUAGAGGGGAGAGGGAGGAGGGAGAGAGGGGGCACGAGUAUAAAGGGGAGAGGGAUGGGGAGAGAGCUAAGAAGCACUGGCAGUCUCCGAGCAUCCUGGACGCCAAGCCCGGCCACAGGCACCACGAUCACAACCGGUUCUGGAAGAACGACCCAGAGAGCCGGCGCCACUACCGCCCCCCGCAGAGCUGCUCGGGGCUGCAGGACUGCGCCGCACAGGAGGGGCUGGAGCCCGUGAGGCAGCGAGACUUCCAGCAGCUUCUGGGGGCUCACCUGGAGAGGCUGGGGACCAGGAGGCAGGAGCUGGAGCGAUUCGCACAGAGCUUCUUUGAGGAUGGGGCAUUCGUGCACACAAAGAUGCUCUUCCGUGACUUCCUGGAGGAUCUGGAGCAGCUGCUGGAGAGGGAGGGGGCGGGCGGGAUCUACGCCAGGUUUUUCGGGAAGGAGGAGGGGGAGGACGGAGGAAUCCAGAACAGACACAGCAAGAAACCUGUCCCCAGACCCCGCCACAGAGACCCCGAGCCUGACAAGCACAGCAAGCGACCCCGCCACAGAGACCCCGAGCCACACAACCAGAAACACAGGAACCGGCAGCAGAGGCACAGACCACAGCGCCACCACGAGGAGGAGGACUGACCUUGCAGAAGGAGGCACAGGUAUUGGAGGGAAGGCCACCAGGGGGAGCCAGUGAGUCAGCACUCCAGAUACUAGACCCCCCCCCCCC